ACCCACCACCGAAACUCCUGCACCCACCUCAGCAGCAACUGUGGCGGCUACUCCCGAACCUACUAUUGAGACACCAGCGCCCACCGCAGCUCCAACUUUAGCGGCUACACUUGAAUCCACCACCAAAAAUCUUGCGUCCACCGCAACGUCAACGAUUGUUGCUACACUUGCACCAGCCAGUGAAAAUGCCGUAAUCUCCCCAGCACCACCUGCAGCCAUCACGUCAGAACCCUCCAGUGUGUUCCCUGGAUCCACUCCAGCUCCAGUGUCAGCUGCUACGUCGACUACUGAUAGUCCAACCUCUGCGCCAACUUUAGCACUUGUUUCUUCACCAAUAUCUUCAAUCGUCACGACGAAUGUACCUGUCUCGACGGCAGCACCAACGCAAGGUCCAAACAGCACGACGUCUUCCGAGUUUGCAGCAUUGCUGGACUCAAUGGACACGGACGAAAAUGGAUUUGUCGACUUGGGGGAGGUCGUCGAGUAUUAUCGCGUGGAGAAAGAAGCCAAGAUCGCCCAGAUUCGGCACGCAGCUGACGAAGCGGUGACGGCCGUGAACGCCAAGUACUCUCGGUAUUUCGACUGCGUCACACAAGGUUACCAAGCGGUUGUCCAAAGCCGUGACAUUAGCUCUGCGGACGAGCUACAACAAGUAUUGCAAUGGGCCGACAAUGAGUGCAGCAAAACCACCCCCCAACCUACAUCCCCUUCGGACACGUACACCCGCCAAGAGAUUGUCCAAUACGUGCAAAACAUCACACAUUCGCAGCAGUACAUUCAGUGCACGGAGGCUGUAUUGGACAAGUUCCCUGAGGGCUACAAGUUUACGAAGAAAGACGUGGACAGCAUUGCGUUGACGGUGCAAACCAACUGCUUGGUGGCGACGACUCCGACGCCAGCAUCGCCAUCCCCCACCAGACAAGCGCCGACCAAGGCGGAGAUCUUGACCUAUGCCAAGGCCGUGCUGGAAGUGCUCAACAACGAGACAGAGCCAGUGUCGAAUGUGCAGCUGCACGCGUUUGUAAAAGCUCAUGAAAACGUCAUGACGAUGAAGAUCACCAAAGUGUGGUACAAUUCCGACACGGACCGGCAGCAAGCGCUCGAUUUUGUGACCAAGUUUUACCAGCGCGUGGAUAAGUGCCUCGACGCGGCCGUGGUCGUGUUUGGGGACAACGGCACGAUUGCCGUGGCCACGCUGCCCUCAGUGUACGCGUGGGCCAGCGGUAUCUGCGUGAGCGACUCGAGUAAGGACUUUGUGGACGCAGACCUCAACAAGAACAACGUCGUGGACGAGUUUGAGGUUGCCCAAGUGAUCGCCACCGCAAGAAACCAGCAGCUCAGCCAGCUCAAGCGAACGACCAACUCAUCCGAAUAUUUGCGGUCGUUUUUCUCAAUCCGCGAAACGUACGACCACACGCUCGAGUGCGCGCACGAGGGUAUUUCCCAGGUCGGAAAUGCUGUCGACCGAACCCUCACCCGAGAGCAGUUCUACGGCUACGAAGCGUGGAUGACUCGGUCCUGCUCGAACGUCGUGCCCGACGUGUCACUGCACGGCGUCCCCUCCGCCGUCGACAUCCAAGGGGCAUGGAACUUGACCACUGCGCAUGCCAUCAUGGGGCAACUGAAAGCGAAGGACUUGGAGCUGGCGCUGGCGUCGGGAACGGGGGUUGCCUUGCACACGCAGUUCAUUGAAGAUCAUUACGGGCUCUUGCGAACCUGCUUUGACGCUUCGUUUGACGAGGUACCAUACCCGAUCUAUCCUUUGAAGAAUCGACGGCCCAUGAAUGCACUGGACGUAGAGCGGUGGAACGCCGUACAACACGACGUUGGAACGUACGCGCUUGUGCCUGGAUGCCACGGUGCCGUCCACGAUGCCCAUCGAAGUGGUCGUCUCCAGAGCGGACUUCCAAGCGCUGCUGCAGCAGUUGUUUGCGCCGACAUUGGCUGAGCUGGACGACGAAAUUGCCAAAGCCCAAGCUGUCGUCGACGGACUUCGCGCCAAGAAAGCCGCGCUGCAAGUGUGCAUCCGCAAGGCGGUGGACGCCGUCGCGAACGGCCAAGCAACCGUCCGCCAACGCGACCUCAACACGGCGCAGCAGUGGACCAACCAGUGCGUCGCGUCGUCACCGCCAAAACAAUAGUCGCUUGUCAUUCAGUCUAUAGAUAAUAUCGUUGUUGUAACUUGGAUGGGAAUAAUAUACUUACUACACUGUACAUGC